AUGACGACUCAGUACGUACACAACUUCUUUUGUCGAAAGCGAAGCUGUUCACCCAAAGAUAAAAAGAUCGACCGCUUUGUUGAAAAGUCAGAAGGACAGUAUCAAGCCAAGUUUCUGGAUGAGGAUAAGCAGUUCCUUCGGAUAACUCGAGCUUUUGUGGAAAGCAAUAGUGUGGAGGACACGAUUGAAGAGGUCUUCAAGGCGAUGAAAAGAGGAGGGCUUAAGAAAUACUGGCAACGGAAACUCACUGUAACUGGUUGCUAUCCCGACCAUGUUGAGGUUGGCAUUGCGGACCUAGAAAAGUGA